AUGUAUUCAUUGCCCAAUAUGGUGAAUCUCCAGCUUGCCAUUUCGGCAAUGCCUCUUUGCCAUACAGUCCUCGCCGCUUCUAUCUCGCCAAACUCAUCACACACAGGAACACAUAGACAACGGGCACAGAGCCUGCUAGAUCAGAUGGACUGGGAGGAAAAGGUUGGUCAGAUGGGUGGUAUCCGUCGGCUUCUCAGCUUGGCCCCAAAGAUAGACGAGGAGAACUACGAUACACGACAAGAGAACUAUCAAAAUGGCAAUAUUGGCUUUGGGGCCACGCUCAAUUGGGCCGAAGAAGUCCUUCCACUCACGAAUGAAAUACGGCAGAGACAGAUAAACAACAGUCGGCUUCACAUUCCAUUCAUCACUGUCACAGACUCUAUCAAUAGUCUCUAUCUGUCGGGGGGUACGAUGUUCCCAAGUAACCUUGCCAUGGCAGCGUCAUUCAACCUUCCGCUGUUCAAAGAGGGCGUUGCUGCACUUCGUGAGGAGCAACUAGCAAUCGGAGUAACAUGGGUUCUCUCUCCGCCGCUAGAUAUAGCAUGGGAGCCGCGAUAUUCGCGUAUCGGCGAGCUCUUCGGCGAGGAUGCCUACUUGACAGGCGAAUUCGGUCACGCCUACGUCCAAACGAUGCAAGACAAAGACGAAGAAGGAAACAUCAAAGUUGCCGCGACGAUCAAGCACUUCGUCUAUGGCGAGAGCCGUGGUGGGGUGAAUGCAGCCAGCAUGUACGGCGGAAUCAACCACAUCUACAACGACCAGCUUCGACCGUAUAUCCGUGCCUUGGAGGCUGAACCUGCGGCUGUCAUGGUUUCAUAUGCUUCGGUCGACCUGGUACCCAUGUCAGCAAACAGGUAUCUCGUCAGGGAUAUUCUACGUCAGCGGCUGGGGUUUGAGGGUGUCAUUAUGUCUGAUGCUGGGUCUAUCGCACAUCUGCACACUGAGUCCAAGCUGGCGCGUUCGUACCCUGAGGCUGCGCUUUUGGCACUUGACGCUGGCUUGCAGAUGGAAUUGAGUCCGGGGUCGCCAGCCGUCUUUCCGAAUCUUGUGGCUGCUGCUGGAGAUACCAGAGCAGGAGACUUGAUUGAUGAGGCUGUACUGAAUAUUCUUCAGCUCAAGUUCGCAACUGGAGUCUUUGACACCCCUCUUCCUGAUCCCGCGAAAGUGACCAGGACACUUCGCACACCCGCUCACCUUGACAUUGCUCGUGAGAUCGCGAGAGAAGGUAUUGUGCUGCUGAAGAAUGAUGGCAUCUUACCAACCAAACCGUCCAAGGUGGCCCUCCUCGGCCCCUUUGCAGACAUCCGCAACUACGGUUCCUACGCACCGGCCAACGCGAGUGACCCUCGAUACGGCAACUCGUUGUAUCAGAGUCUACAAGCCAAGCUCGGCCCAGAAAACGUCGACUUAGUCCAUGGCGUCGACUUCCUCAGCCUUAACAUCAGCAAUAUUUCGACCGCCGUCUCCGCAGCCAAGAAAGCCGGCUUUGCCAUUAUCGUCCUUGGCUCGCUAUCAGUAGGCUCAACCGAUCCGCUGGUCACUAAACGCACCGACGGGGAGUUCUUUACCCAUGCAGACCUGGGUUUCCCCGGAGCUCAACAACAGCUUCUCGACGCCGUUCUCGAUGCGUCCAUCCCGACAAUUUUGAUCCUCUCGGGCGGGCAGCCAUUUGUGCUCAACAACUCGACUCUCCGCAGCAAUGCCGUCCUCCACUCCUUCCUUGGUGGGGAAUUCACCGGUGAUGCGUUGGCCGAUAUCCUGACUGGCGAGGUCAACCCCAGUGGGAAGCUGCCUAUCAGCUUGCCGCAGGAUUCUUCUGCCACCCCGGUGUUCUACGACUACCUUCGGAGUGAUGACACUGGCACAGCGGAUAGCCUCCUCGGACUUCACUCCACAUACCAGUUUCCUCUCCUUUCGCGGGAUCCGCCGAUGCCAUUUGGCUUUGGGCUGAGCUAUACCGACUUUUCUAUUUCGACACCCAUCGUGGGAGCCAGAAAUGAAACCAUUGAGGUGCGAGUGAAUGUUACUAAUAUUGGAUCUAUCGCCGGGAAGGAGGUCGUGCAAAUAUACCAUCGGCCCAACACGACCACAGGGAUUGAGUUUCCUAUCAGGCGGCUGGUGAGGUUUGAGAAGGUUCAGCUGGAUGCAGGGGCAUCUAAAGAGAUUCGGUUUGCGAUCCCGUAUCCAGAUCUAGGCUUCUAUGUGAAUGGAGAGUUAAGAGUACAGAGGGGGCAAUAUUCGCUGUGGGCUGGAACGAGCUCCAGGCUGGAAGAUUUGAGACAGGUUAAUUUCACGGUGGGGGAGAAUCGUGCCUGA